UUAAUGUCCAUGACGUUGAUCGUACACUGAGUACGCUGUGUCGCUUGGGUGGACAGUAUAGUUACUUCAACAUUAAAUGGAAUAAAAUGCCGCGGAUUCAUGUAAAUAGAGACGUUGCUUCAGCGUAAUUCACCAAUGCUUCUUAAAUAAGACGGGUUACGUCUGUAGCCGGUGGCGGCAGGCUUAUUUUCGGUUUUUAUCAGCAAUAUUUCAGGGAGAGGAGCGACGCCCUCCUCGCCACAGAAGCUGUGAGGAAGUUGGUCAUUCGUGUCCCUGUUGAACAAGUAAUGAACUGAGGACGUCUACACCCCAAACUCACCACAUCUUCACAUCUGCUGCAUCCAGUCUUCACUCUCGCUGCCUGUCAGUAAAAAGAGUCGACGACGUUGCCACAUCUGGGCAGAGAAAUGUGUGUGCACUUGUAUUCUCGGAUGCAUGACUGUGUCUGAGUGUUUUUGGCCUGUAUCAAGAGGCAGUUGGCUGCACUUCCUCUCUCACCUUCUGAGAGGCACUUCUCCACUUGACUGACUACAACUUUUGUCUCCAUAACUGCAAAGCAUCAUGGGUAGAAAAAAGAUUCAGAUCCAACGGAUCACCGAUGAAAGAAACAAGCAGGUGACAUUCACAAAGCGAAAGUUUGGCUUGAUGAAGAAAGCCUACGAACUGAGUGUGUUGUGUGACUGCGAGAUCGCGCUGAUCAUCUUCAACCAUGCGAACAAGCUGUUCCAGUAUGCCAGCACCGACAUGGACAAGGUCCUGCUCAAAUACACAGAGUACAACGAGCCUCACGAGAGCCGGACCAAUGCAGAUAUUAUUGAGACUUUGAGAAAGAAAGGCUUCAACGGUUGUGACAGUCCAGAGCCGGAUGGUGAAGACUCCAUUGACCAAAGUCCCCUAAAUGAUGACAAGUACCGUAAGACCACAGAGGACCUGGACGUCAUCUUCAAACGCUAUGGUCAGUCGACAGCUCCGCCCCAGACGUUCUCCAUGCCAGUCACAGUCCAGUCGUCCAAUCAAAGCACACUGCAAUUCAGUAACCCUGGCAACGCACUGGUAACUACCUCCGAUGUGACAUCAUCGUCUCUCACGGAUGCCCACCUCCUGUCGCCACAGCAACCGGCUCUUCAGAGAAAUACGGUGUCUCCUGGGUUGCCACAGCGACCAGCAAGUGCAGGCGCUCUUCUUGGAGGCGACCUGAAUAAUUCAAAUGGAGGAUGCCCAAGUCCAGUCCCUAAUGGAUACACCAGUGCCAGGGCCUCCCCAGGCCUCCUCACCGUUUCAAAUGGCAACAGUCUGGGGAAAGUAGUUAUGGCUAAGUCUCCACCCCCACCUCCCAGCCCCCAGAUGGUCAACAGCCGCAAGCCAGACCUCCGAGUCAUCACCUCACAGGGUGGAAAGAGCCUCAUGCAGAUGAACGCCCAGAGGCUGGCAGCAGGGGCUCAGGUGGCUCAAACUCUCACCACGCCGGUGGUCUCUGUGGCCACGCCGAGCCUCCUGGCACAGGGGCUGCCCUUCUCCGCCAUGCCCACAGCGUACAACACAGAGUACCAGCUGACCAGUGCAGACAUCACUGCUUUACACGCUCUGGCGUCACCUGGCGGCUUGUUGCCAAGCAGUGUGUCCACAUGGCAUCAGCAGCAGGCUGUUUCCCAGCAGCCACAGCAACCACAACAGCAGCAGCAGCAGCAGCAACAACAACAACAGCAGCAACAACAACAGCAACUUAAUCUUGCAUCACUCAGCAACUUGGUCAUGUGGGGCGUGGACAAACAGAGCAGCGAGCUGUCUAGCCAGGUGUCCAGUCUGGCUGCCAAUCUGAGUGUUGGCUCUCCGUCCAACCUGCUCUUGGGUAGAGAUGAGUGGUUGGGCCGGCCUGUGACCCAUAUACCUCAAGGCACCAUGCUGACCGUCAACACAAACUCCAGUGUGAACAUCAAAUCGGAGCCAGUCUCGCCUGGUCGGGAUCGCAGCACUCCUUGCCCUCCUCCAUCUUCUACCACGCCGUCCUCGACCUCAGGAGGAGCCAUCCUGACGGCGCCGCCGCAGUACCCCGGCUCCCUGCUGUGCCUGGAGCCCCCGACUGGUCGUUCGCCUGCAGACAGCGUAAGCAGCAAUGCCAGCUCCUUUGAAGGCAGCGAUCGCGAUGACACUGGUGGCGGAGGUGGAGGUGGUGGCGGCACUGCAGGAAGCGGCGGGCCUGCCAGCCGGGCCGUGCCAACUGACUUCAGCCCUUCCACCGAACUCCUCAGGGCGUCAAACGAACCAGAGCAAGAGGGAGGAAACAUCAAGCGCAUGAGACUGGACACCUGGGUCACAUAGAGCCGCCUGCGACACCUUUCUGCACCCACAGCGAAGUUUUGGUGACACUUACAGAACCACAACGCACACCCACACUCAUCCUUAAACCUCCACUGCCCUCACCCCACUGCCAUGUGACACUAUCAUCACACUUCUGCCUCUGUCCAUAAUUAUACAACUCAGCUGUGUCACCCAGACUUAUGAGACUUUGCCACAAAAACAUAACAAAUAAUCCUUUGUGUUGGGGUCCUUGCUCUAAGCGAGCAGAGGAUGGCUUAGUGCUCAGCUGGGUAUUUUGUCCCUGGUAGGCCCUUAAAUAUAGAGGGACGAUAGAUUUUUAAAGCCUUCUUGCUUGAAUGGACUCCCAUAUAGAAAUUUCUUUUGGUAGAAAUGAGGUGUUGAACCUUUUUGCAAUCUGACGGAAUCAUAAAAACAUUCAUCGUUCCCAUGGUUUCUGCGCAACCUUCACGCAUUUACAUUGAGCUCUGCUACGUUGUUCACGAUGUGAUUGGUGACUCGUCGACAUCAUGGGACUUCUGACAAAUGACUCACCACUUCCUGCUCUUUGAAAUCCAACGUUGCUUGGAUUGUGUGCUGUCCAUUCUACCACAAGUCACCUCCAAACUGCACUUUUGGAUAUAACUUAAAUCUGGACAAGUUUGAGGACUGAGCAUCUAUCUGGCACUGAGCAAACAGACUCAAACACGACCUUCGAGGUAAGGAUACUUCACCACGGAUGGUUCUUUCUGCUGCCACAUCUACCAACCUCUGCCUAACAGCCCUCAGGUGGCACUCUGUGGCUGUGGAGUCGAGGACCCUGCCAGAGUGCCAAUAUCAACCUCUCCUCAACAAAAAAAAAAUGCCAAAUGCCUCUCGCACACGGUGCAGGGACACUGACGAAUUAUCACUCGCACUCACGGAAAUAACGAGAACUAGUAACUGUUGAUGCUUUUCAGGCUUUGAAUUCGCCAUCACUCUCUCCUCGGACUGGGUGCUCCUCCCAUCCCAUCUCACCUCAUCUCCUCUGGAACUUGGAUGGAAGUGGCUGCACCAGGAAUCCAGCCAGUCGACUUAGCUUAUUCACCAGGAGUAGAUGCCAUCCAAGUUAAACGCUUAGUAUGAGUUUUGUUGAGCCUCUGGUGGAUUUUUUUGUUUUGUUUUUAUUUUUGUUUUUUGGGGUAGGGAAGUAUUUGGUUCUUUCAAUCCAAGUGUUCUUUAUCUGUUGGUAUUUUAAAUAAAAAAAAAAUCUGUUUUGAAGGUCUGUUAGUCGUCCAGAAGUAGGAAUUCUGACUUUGUAUAAAAAUCACUCCUUAUACAAAAGCUUUGAUGUCCUCUUUAGCUGUCUCUAGCUAUCCUUAGUUCCUUGCCGUGUUUCAAAAAGUGAAAGGAAAAAGACAUUUUCUAUAUUUCUACCGCUUCAGUUGGCGACAAAGUAAAAUAGCUUUUCAGCUUCAACGACGUGUAUGUACAUAUGAAUAUAUUUGCAUAGACUUUGCUAGGUAUCCCUAAAAACAAGCAAUGUGUUGAUUCUCAGUGGAUCUGUUUGCAUAUAUGAGUGUGAAUUUGAUAUGUUUCGAGCUACGGUGCAGGGGUCACGCCACACUAGGUAGUGCUGGUGGGAUGGACUUGUUUCAGUAAACCUAUUUUAUGCUAGUGUUGAUGGUGUGUGCACUUUCUGUCCCUCACUCACAGAGGCCGACUUGGUUGUGGUGUCAUCAUAUUCUCCCACCACACAUAUUUUAAAACCCACGAUCGAAGUACAAUUGUCCACAACCACCGUAACAUGAACUGAUUAGGACACUGUCACUUACUCACUUGUAGUGUAGUUAGGAGAUAAAACACACUUCUUUGAUACAUAUUUUGAUUGACAAAAUUAUGUAGUUUAAAAAAAAAAAAGAAAAAAGAAAAAAAGUUUUCCAUGUUAAGCAGACACAUAUUAUAUGCCUUUUUUCCCACUUUGAAAUCCUUUCAAGAAAUUGGCUACCAAGUGCUGUGGUUGUUGUUUAAUUGUAUGAUUUCCAGUACAAACUUGUUUUGUCUGAACCAUUUCAAGUUUGUGUAGGAGUGUGUGUACACAGGUUGUUUUUAGCCUACAAAUAGAAGGUUUCUCCUUGAUUGCUUGACCUUUUCUUUGUUUGUUUUUUUUCUUUUUGUGCCCCCUUGAGACAAUGCUCAAAGUGCAGACUGGAGUUAAUGACUGAUUAUUAUCUGCUUAAAACAACCCCAUUCUUUUAUGUCAGUGUAGGUGAAGUGGAAGAAGUGAACACGGCUGCUUUUGUGACUUGAUGCCGCUUGGUGCGAUUGGUCACGGUCCACGGCAAAGUGUGAAACCAGCGUUUGACACCGGCACUGUGGAUUUGCGGUGUUGUUGGAUGUUUUCAGCGAUCAGGAGGUUUUUCCCCAUCCCUUGUUCGACAGUGUGGUGGGUAGCCUUACACUCUUUUCACCCAACAGUUACAGUAAGCUCAUGUUGGAGAAAAUUUGCAUGCUUAGAGGAAUAGUUUGACAUUUUGGUAAACUCUCUUUCAUACCUAAAGUUACAAUUAAACCAAAAGCCUCCCAUCAGCUCUUCAGAAGCUCAACUCUGAUACCGUGUUCAUGUCGUAUCGUUCAGCCUGCAGUUAUUUUAGUCAGAAGUUUCCUUUCAAAUUUGUAGUUUUAGAUUGCAGAUGAAUUUCCAGAAAACUGGCAAAAGAAAAUGUUUAUUAAUGCAAAUUACCAUUUACUACCGCUAUGCUAAAAUUAGGUCGUACAUUGACACAAACAGUUGGUGGCGCUGAGCCUUCAGUCUAGUGCUAUUUAAGUGUAGCAGAAGAAGACUCAAACAAAUAAGCGAGUUUCCCAAAAAUAUCAAACUGUUCCCUUUAAAGAUACAAUUGAUUACCUUCACCAAGAGUUAAUAAUCUGCUCUUUUAACCAUACACACACACAUAUAUAUAAAAUAUAUAUAUGUGUGUGUAUAUAAAUAUAUAUAUAAAAAAAAUUAAUUUCCUUGUAAAGUCUUUGUGUUUGUGGCCACUGAUGGUUGACUGAAAUGUGACACCACACCGAUUGGCUUCAGCAUCCUGCUUCCUGCAGGUUAGUUCAUGUACAAAAAGGUUCUCUGUCCAAUCCAGCAGUGUAGUCACAAGACAAUCUAUAUGAGAAAUGAAAACCUGCACCCCUGUUACUCGUCGUGUACAAUGUUUUUUAGAAUCUCACUAUUUUUGGAUUAAUUUGUGCUGGUGACAGUUCCAUUGUCUAUUAUUAUUAUGAUGAUAUUAUUAUGGAGCUUUUAUUUUAUUGCUAUUUUGUGUAGGAUAGUCAACUGUUUUUAUUUCCUCUCAUUUUAUCUUCCUUAUCAUAAACAUAUAAUACUGGUUUCCUUUUUUUAAACAACUUGCUGAAAAUUGCACGAUCAGUUAUUGUGGUAUUAGCAAAUGCAAUGAAGGAAAUACCAGUUAAAUGCUGCAAUUUUAAUUAAGAUAUAGAAUAUAUUUAUAAAAAAAAAAAAAAACGGGAAACAGCUGAAAUUAGUAAUUCAUGAAAUUUGAAAGACGUAAAUGCAUGGGAUACAAGUAACAGCAAAGCUUAUGUUACGUACAGUAAUGAUAAAGGACAUGCAUCACAAAUGAGUUUUAAAAACGACUCAGAAUAAUGUAGCAUAUGAAAUACUAAAGAUGAAAUUUAUAGCUAAUAUAUUGUGUUGAGCUAGUCGGCUUUGGGUUUUUGUUGUAAAGAAAAUAUUUCUUUCUGUUGUUUUUUUGAGAAUGAUAUACAGUUUGUGUAUAUUUUCAUAUACAAAGUAUGCACUGAUAUGUUAUUGAAAUUCUAUACCGCUUUUACAAAAAAGUGUUUGUUGUACCAAAGUAUCCAAGUCCCUUGAGACCUUACCCUUUUUGCGUAUGUUUUACCGUAUUUUAUAUAUUAAAUAGAUGAACUGAGUGAAAUGAA